GCAUGUUUAGACUUUAGAUACUCGAAUGUUGCUAUCAAUGGCGAGUCUUUUCAUCCUAAUUUCAAUAUGUCAGACAAUAAUAACGUCUUGAACGUCAGUGCUUUCAAUUCUGCCCUAGAUACUCUGUUGUAUUACCUGACAAAUAAAGCAGCAUCGGUUAGUUCGCUUCGCAAGUUUGCAACGGGGACAGCCCGGACCAGCAGCAGUGCCGCUAUUGCUUGUCUCAAUCUUUUACCCAAAUUCCAGCAUGUUGUAACUGUAAGCAGGGAGGCAGAGGAGCUGGAAAAAGCUGUAAUCCAAGGUUUGAGACCUAUUCUUUCUAUAACGCUUCUGCUGAUGGACCGUCAUCGCUACAGCCGCCACCAGCAACGAUACUGUCUCCACCCUCAAACAGUGCUACAAUUGUACCACGACAAGAUCAGAAUUCAUCUCGGAAUAUCAUCAUUAUAGUUUUCGACCAUUGGUUCCUUGAUACUUAUCUUCCUCAUCUGCAUCUUCAUCUUUUUGAGGGUGAGGGACUCAAAGAAGAAAGUUGAAAGUAAGUCUAAGUUUUUAUACAUAGAUUCUUCAAUUGGAUUUGGAAUUCUUUCGAUUUUGAAAGUUUUUAGUGUAAUUAAAUGAAUAUAGUACUUAUUC